AUGUCGGAUACAGACUCAGAUUCAGAAGGCCAUCUCGACGGCCUUCUUUCCCGUCACAAGGGCAAGGGCAAGGGGACCAGCCGGAUGGCGGGUUCGGAAGAUGAUAGCUCUCAUCAAGGCAGUGGAAGCGAGAGAGACGAUCCCGGCCUGGACUUUAUGGAUUCAUUGUUCCAAGACUCUACGACGCCGCCCUUGGUCGAAGAGCCCGACAGGAAUCCAACCGAAAAUAACAAUCAACAGGCCGCCGGCAUCCAACAAGAAGACCUCAGCCAACGCUUUGCGGAGUUCGCAAUCCCUCAAGAGGCCCAGCCUUCGUCCACUUCACUCUCCCGAUCGUUGUGGGGAAUCUUCGGCUUUUCGACCGAUCGUCUUGAGGAGCAAACCGAGCUCGAACGCGCUUUAAACGAAGCCAAUGCCCGUCGCGACUUCUUCAACGCGAGCGACCCGUUCCAUCUCCAUUUGAGGAGCCCAUCCAAAGAUUUCCUCAUCGAUCACCCCAUCAUGGCCGGCGCUCUCGAUCAAGAACACUCCGCGUCUGUUGGCGUGCAAGCCAGCCUAUCCGGUCUGAUCGGCCCGCGUCCUCGUGAUCCCCAUCAGGCGUCUGCCGACCCUGACCGUCCAGAUGGAGCGGCAGUUGGCGGUGCGGUCGAUAUUGCGGCUCCAGCGGCUCACGCUAAGCCAUUUAAUAUUCCAGUUGCUGCAGCUGGCAGCUCGACUGAUCACCCGGUUCCCGGCGGACACUCCGGAGGCGACAAUCCGCCCGACGUGACGGUGCCGACUAAUGUGCCGAGCGAUGUCGCUCGUUGUACGUCGGCUGACACUCCGGGCACGGCAGGUCCGUCGGCCGACAAUCCGCCGCCGCCUCCAGCUGAGAAGAGUCCAGUCGAUGAAAAAAUCGAUACCAAGCCGAGCAGGGGUGAUAAAACCUCCUCGCAAUGGCUCGGCUUGAUCGAAGUGGAAUCGGAUCCCGAAGACGAGACGUAUCUGCCGGUGGGCAAGAAUAAGAUGAAAAAGUCUUCAGACUCCGAUUCCGAACUGUUUUUCAGCUUGCUUCCUUCCGAGCCUGAGCGACUGAACCCCGUCGCCGGAAACGAGGACCAGCCAGCCACAGAACGACUUUCCUACCAUGCGCUAAGCCUCCGCAAUGCUGCCUUGGAAGACUACAUGAAGGAAUUGAUGAGCAAGACCGAACAGAGGAUCCAUCAUCUAAAUGAGAAGGUCAACCGCUUGAAACGCACAUCCGCUCAGAAAUCGAACGCCGCUCGCAAGCUGAAAAAUCGCUUGAAAGCUAAGGACAAAAAGCUUUCCGAGCUCGUCCGGGCCCGACAAGUCGAGCUCCAUGCAAUCAAGCUCCUCCUCGAUGCCGCGACCGAGUCCGACUUGCAUCGCCAACUUCGCUCGCUUCUCGAUCAACUCGCUCAGCGUAAGGCUUUGAUCGCUCAGCUUCAGAAGGAAAGUUUGCUCCAUUCUGUCCUGCGUUUCGACUUGCAAACUCAUCGCCAAAAACUCGAAUCUAAACUCCAUCAAUUGGAAUCCAAUCCAAGCAGUCUCAUAAACCGCUCUUGA